GGAUUCACAGAGAGCCAGUGAAAUGGCAGGUGUUGUCCACCGUCACCACCGCUUUGCCAGGAGAGGAUACCGUCAAAGGGUGUAUGUUGAACGUACCAAGCCACUGGAGCAAUACACCACUGAGGAGCUGUAUGUCCGGUUUUGCUUUGGGAAGGCUGAUAUAGAGUACCUUGUGAACCUUCUCAGGCCAAAACCUCAACACAGAACCCAAAGGAGUCACGGUCUGUCUGUGGAAGACCAGAUCCUCAUUGCUCUCCGAUUUUAUGCAUGUGGGACUUUCUAUCAAGUUGUUGGUGACUAUAUGGGAGUGGUGAAAUCAGCUGUGUGUGAUGUGGUGACAGAUGUGUCAAUCGCACUGGCCAGCCUGGUCAAUGAAUUUGUUUUUUUUCCAAAGGACAACCAGAUUGCCCAGGCCAAGCGCAGCUUUUUUCUUUUAGGGAAUAUGCCCAAUAAUAUUGGAGCAAUCGACUGCACACAUGUGCAUAUACAAGCACCUCGUGAGAAUGAAUGGGAGUUCAUAAACAGAAAGGGGAGGCACAGCAUCAAUGUCCAACUUGUGUGUGAUGCUGACCUCAUCAUCACCAACUGCGUUGUCAAGUGGCAGUGGUCUGUCCAUGAUGCACGCAUCCUGAGGGAGAGCGCUCUUUAUGGAGACCUCCAAACCAACCGACCAGAUGGCAUAAUAUUAGGAGACAGUGCCUACCCACUCCUACCAUGGCUGACUCCUUUUGUAACAGCAAAUACAACGGCGCAGGCACGCUUCAACACUGCUCAUUGAAGAGCAAGAUGUGCAAUUGAGUGUUUAAAUGGAGUUCUUAAGAGGCGCUCUGCAUGCCUUAACUACCUGAGAGUGGAACCACAGAAAGCAUGCAACAUAACCCUUGCCUGUAUUGUCCUGCACAACAUCGCUACUAAGCGCAAUGUCCCUCUCUGUGCUGACAAUGAUGCA